UUCUUUCUCUGCUGGUUCCGGACAUUGUGUUGCGGCUCUCAAACUGUUUAUUUCGUUAUUUCAUCUGUUAAACAGCUCUAAAGAUCAGUGAAGAAUGGCCUUUAACUAUCCAAACGCCUAUAGGGACGAGUCAGUGGUUGAUGACUAUCAUGGCACUAAAGUUCCUGACCCCUACAGCUGGCUAGAAGAUCCUGACAGUGAAAAAACACAGGCAUUUGUGAAUGCUCAGAAUCAGUUGACUCUGCCGUUCCUGGAGCAGUGUGAGAUAAGAGACGUCUUCAAGGAUCGGAUGACUGAACUCUAUGACUACCCCAAAUACAGCUGCCCCUUCAAACGUGGGAACAGGUAUUUUCACUUUUAUAACACGGGUCUUCAGAACCAAAGUGUUCUGUACAUGCAAAAGAACCUUGAGGCAGAACCCACCAUCUUCCUGGAUCCAAACACAUUCUCAGAGGACGGGACAGUUGCUUUACAAGGUUAUGCAUUCUCUGAGGAUGGCGAGCACUUGGCGUACGGUACCAGUGCGAGCGGUUCUGACUGGGUUGAGAUCCGGUUCUUGCGUGUGGAUGGCGCUGUACAUCUGGAAGACCGACUGGAGAGAGUCAAAUUUAGCUGCAUGUCCUGGACACAUGAUGGGAAGGGACUCUUCUACAACUCCUAUCCUGAGCAGGAGGGCAAGAGUGACGGUACUGAGACGUCCACUAACCUGCACCAGAAGUUGUUCUAUCAUGUGUUAGGAACCCCUCAGUCUCAGGACGUUCUGUGUGCUGAAUUUCCUGAGCAGCCGAAAUGGAUGAGCGGUGCUGAGGUGUCUGAUGAUGGGCGUUAUGUGCUGCUGUCAAUCAGAGAGGGCUGUGACCCCGUCAACAAACUGUGGUACUGUGACCUGAAUACUGUGUCGCAGGAAAUUAAUGGUUUGUUGCCGUGGGUGAAGCUGAUCGAUAACUUUGAUGCAGAAUAUGAAUACGUCACAAAUGAAGGAACCGUUUUCACUUUUAAAACCAACUUGGAUGCUCCUCGAUAUCGACUCAUCAAUAUUGACUUUGCCCAACCAUCCGUCAGCCAAUGGAAAGUGCUCGUUCCCCAACACGACAAAGAUGUCAUUGUGUUUGCUACCUGUACGUAUUCCAGCUUCCUGUUUGUGUGUUUUCUCCAUGAUGUGAAAAAUGUGUUAAAAAUGUUCCAUUUGUCCUCGGGGGAGGAGAUGCGCACAUUUGCGCUGGACGUUGGCUCAGUCGUGGGCUUCACUGGCAGGAAAAAAGACUCUGAGAUCUUUUACAGCUUCACCUCCUUCCUGUCUCCAGCAAUCAUCUAUCACUGUGAUCUCACUAAAGAUCCACUGCAGCCACAUGUCUUCAGAGAAGUCACUGUGAAGGGAUUCAAUCCUGCCGAUUACCAGACCACUCAGGUCUUUUAUCCCAGUAAAGAUGGCACACAAAUCCCGAUGUUUAUUGUCCAUAAGAAAGGCAUCAAGCUGGAUGGCUCCCACCCAGCCUUCCUGUAUGGUUAUGGAGGUUUCAAUAUUUCCAUCACACCCAGCUACAGUGUUUCACGACUGAUAUUCGUCAGGCAUCUGGGAGGAGUUUUAGCGGUGGCCAACAUAAGAGGAGGUGGAGAAUAUGGAGAGACAUGGCAUAAAGCGGGGAUGCUGGCCAAUAAGCAGAACUGUUUCACAGAUUUUCAGUGUGCUGCUGAAUAUCUGAUAAAGGAGGGUUACACUUCACCCAGCAAACUCACCAUCAACGGAGGCUCCAACGGGGGUCUGCUCGUGGCUGCGUGUGUGAACCAGAGGCCUGAUCUGUUCGGCUGUGCUGUGGCUCAGGUCGGCGUCAUGGAUAUGUUGAAGUUUCAUAAGUUCACCAUCGGACACGCAUGGACCACUGAUUUCGGCUGCUCGGAAAUCAAAGAGCAGUUUGAUUGGUUGAUCAAGUAUUCUCCACUUCAUAAUAUCCAGGUUCCAGAAGGUGAUGGGGUUCAGUACCCCGCUGUACUGUUGUUGACGGGUGACCAUGAUGACCGCGUGGUGCCUCUACACUCAUUAAAAUAUAUCGCAACCCUGCAGCAUGUGGUUGGUCACUGGUCUGGCCAAUUAAACCCUCUUUUUAUCUAUGUGGACACCAAAUCCGGUCACGGCGCAGGAAAACCCACCAGUAAAGUCAUUCAGGAGGUGGCUGACACGUACGCCUUUAUCGCUCGCUGCCUGAACCUCAGCUGGCUCGAAUGAAACGACGAGUUUCGAGGCUCUUGCUUGUUUGCUCUCUUGUUCACUAAAAUAAUCACUUUCUUGAUAUUUUGGUCUUUUUCACCCUCAAAUGUUUCAUUAGUUCACAAGUUAUAGACUAGUAGAAACGUUUCAACACUGUCAUUUUAAAAGUGUUGGUCAAGAGCUCUUACCUGAACUGCAGUGAUGACUGAUAUCAUUUCACAGUGUGUCCCGGCUGUGUACGGGAUACACUGGACUCAUACCUUUCUUAGGAAAUAUUGUAAUUGCUGAGGUCACAGAUGCAAAGUGUCAUAACCUCUCCAGCACUUAACAAAAUCUGUAUUUGACAACUGGAAGGCAUGAACAGUUCAUGGGUUAAUGCAUAAUUUCAGUGUCAAUUCAGUUACUCUUGGCAAGAAAUCGUGAGUGUGAGUGAGUGAGUGAGUGAGUGAGUGAGUGAGUGAGUGAGUGAGUGAGUGAGUGAGUGUGUGUGUGUGAGAGAGUGUGUGUGUGUGAGAGAGUGAGUGAGUGUGUGUGUGAGAGAGAGAGUGAGUGAGUGUGUGUGUGUGAGAGAGUGAGUGAGUGUGUGUGUGUGUGUGAGAGAGUGAGUGAGUGUGUGUGUGUGUGUGAGAGAGUGAGUGAGUGUGUGUGUGUGAGAGAGUGAGUGAGUGUGUGUGUGUGAGAGAGUGAGUGAGUGUGUGUGUGUGAGAGAGUGAGUGAGUGUGUGUGUGUGAGAGAGUGAGUGAGUGUGUGUGUGUGAGAGAGUGAGUGAGUGUGUGUGUGUGUGAGUGUGUGUGUGUGUGAGUGUGUGUGUGUGAGUGUGUGUGUGAGUGAGUGAGUGAGUGAGUUCUAUAGAGAAGAUUCUGUUUCUACCUCCACAUUUAUGCAGAUUGUUUUAUCUUUAAAGGGAAAAGCAAACAAAAAUAACCUAGUACAAUAAAAUAAAUUUGAACAAGCAUAUGCUGUUUGUGUGUGCUCAGAGAAUACAGAGGAGCUUGAAACAUUGUGUUGAUUUCUAACGUGAAAUGCUUUUAAAAAAAGACCACAGUGAAACACUGACAUUGAUGUAAACACCAACAUUUUGAGUGUUAUCAAAGUCCGUUUUCUCACAGUAAUUUAUUGCAAGUCCUUCUGACAUUUAAUCACAUGCAAGAUAUGAAUUACAGAUGAAUUUUACUACUUAAAAUGCAAAUUGUUGAUAUCAGGAAUUUCAUUACUACUAGUGAAAAUGCUAAUUUUUGUGAUAUCGGUAAAUGGGUUUGAACUAGUAAAAACUUUAAUUCUAAUGUUAAAUCAAAACUGAUGUCAUUACUCACGGACUAGUAAAAGCUGUAAUUUUUUUAUUAUCUGUAAUUGCAUUUUUACUAGUGGAAUUUCACAAUGAUCUCCCAAAGUUCUCCUGUUCAAAAUGAAGUUACAGAUAUCUACAAUUAAUUACUAGUUGAAAUUUCAAAUUUCACAUAUCAGCAAUGUACUACGUACUAGUAAAAACUUUAUUUUUGAUAUCGAUAAUUACAUUGUUACUAGUGUAAAUGUCUAUUCCUGAUAUCAACAAUUGUUAAAGAACUUGUUUCAACUUGUUUUAGAUGUCUAUAAUGUUAUUUUAACUAUAAACAAAAUUGUUACUCUCCAAUUAUUUGAUAUCUGAAACACAAUACCAAAAGCUAACAAAUUGGAACAUAUUAACAGAUAUAUAAAGUUGAUAUCAGGAAGGGAUAUUUGUACAAGUAACAAUGUAAACAUAUGAAAAUUAUAAUUUUUACUAGUAAUAUAGCUGAUAUGUGAAAUUUUAAUUUCAACUAGUAAGGAAUUAUAGAUAACUAAUUUGGAACAGGAGUGAAUGACAGAUAAUUGUGAUCUUCUACAUGUCAAAAUGCAGUUACAGAUAUCAAGAAUUUUGUUUUAUACUAGUUGAAAUACCAUUUGAAAUCAAGAAUGCUUAUUUCUGCGAGUAAUUGUCAUUUUCAUAUCAAGUACGUUUAAAAUAACGUUUUUACUAGUUCACAUGUAAUCGCUGAUCUCAAACAUUAUCACUUGCUCUAGUAGUAAUUUCAUUCCUGAUAUCAAGAAUUAGCAUUUUAACUAGUGGAAAUGUAAUUGUUAAUAUUUACAAUUUAUAUAUCCUGCAUGUGAUUUAAUGUCAAUAGGGCUUGCCAUAUCAGUUUAAAUAUCUGCAGUGUUUCGCUGUCCCCGUCUGGUGGCAGGAUUACACGUCCACGUCCCUAAAACAAAAAAGCAUUUUCAGUCUUUAUUUGGCUGUGUUUUAUGGUGGAAAAAGUUCAUGCUGGUCGUUGUAUACCAUGACUGCUGAACAUUGAAGAUAAUUUUAUAUUUAUCUGUUCACGUGAAGAACAAUGGUCUUUGUUUUAACCCCGUUAAAUGAAGGCAAAUUGGAAUAAAUGCAUUAAAACAGUGCACGUACUUCAUAAUGUGCAUUGAUAUAACACAAACGUUAGUAAAUUUAAAGGAAUAUUCUGGGUUCAAUACAAGCUAAGCUCAGUCGACAGCAAUUGUGGCUUAAUGUUGAUUACCACAAAAACUUAUUUUGACUCGUCCCUCCUUUUCUUUAAAAAAAGGGAAAGUUGAGGUUACAGUGAGGCACUUACAAUGGAAGUGAAUGGGGGCCAAUUUUUGAAGGGUUUAAAGGCAGAAAUGUGAAGCUUAUAAUUUUAUAAAAGCACUUUAAUUCUUCUGUUGAAACUGAUGGAUUAUUUGAGCUGUAAAAUUGUUUAAAUCAACAUUUAUACAGUCAGUUUGGGGUUUGUUGACAUUAUAUCAUCAUGGCCAUGAAGUUGUAAAAUUGGCUAUAACUUUACACAGAAAAGGUGAGUAAACUAGUUUAUCACACUAAAAUCAUGUUAACACUCAUAUUAUGUCUUGUGGCCAACAGUGGGUAUUAACGCUUACCAAUUGGCCCCAUUCACUUCCAUUGUAAGUGCCUCACUGUAACACAGAUUUUUGCUUUUUUUUUUUUUUUAAGGAAAAGGAGGGGCAAAGCAAAAUGCAUUUUUCAUGGUAAUCAGUGCUAUGUCAUAAAUGCUGUCGAUUUAGCUUAACUUGUAUUGAACCCGGAAUAUUCCUUUAAAUUCAAGAAUAUUUCCUUGAGAACUGAUUCUUGGAAUUAACCUCUCAGUUGAAUGACAAAAAGUGUUGAAUCAUUGAAUUUAUGAAGCCAUCUGCUUAAAGUCACUUAUUUAUUUUUAUUAAUUUUUUAUUAUUAAAAUAGCAAAUUUACCAUAAAUGUUAAAUUACAAGUUAACCAACACGAGAAGUUUUUACCACAUGCCAAAUAAACGCCCAUGAAAAAGUUCAGUUCGCAAACAGUUGGCCACACAGGAUUAUCAUAGGGCGAUACAUUGACAAAAUUACUAUCAUUUUGUUACCAUUUUUUUACACAUAUAAAAUGGCAGAAUUCCUUAAAGGUUUUGUGCUAAAAAAAUAAAUAAUGUUUUUUUUAAAAAGGGUACAACAGGGCUAAAGGCCCCCGGGGUAAAAGGCACAUUUGAUUUGAUUUUCUCCCAAAACACUAAAUAGCAACAAAAACUAUACCGCAGCACUUUCCUAAACACCUGUUUAUCACUAUACACUCAACAUUUUCCUGAUCCAUGAAAUCAAUGUGUGUACUGUCUAAAAGUUGAUUUUAAAGUGAUUUGAUCUAACAUUUAAUAAUUUUUAAAAUGUUGCAAAUUUAUUAGCCAGAGGGGAACUGGCGCCCACAGUGAGCCUGGUUUCUCCCAAGGUUAUUUUUCUCCUUUAACCAACAUCUUAUGGAGUUUUGUGUUCCUUGCCACAGUCGCCUUCAACUUGCUCACUGGGGGUCUAAAUAUAAAUAUAAUAAUUUUCUAUUAUUUAUUUUAAGGUGCCAUUUACAAUCAUGAUUUCUUUUAUUAUUAAACUGCAGUAUUAUGACUUGAAGACAUAACAGUAUUACAGCAUUUCCUGUUAAAGCAUAAUUUCCUGUAAAGCUGCUUUGAAAUGUGUGUUGUGAAAAGUGCUAUACAAAUAAAAAUGGCUUGACUUGAGUUGACUUAAAAAAUACUUAUUUGCCAUUUUCAAAUCUGGUCAAGGUGUCAAUCAAACAUUUUCCAAUAACUGUCUAAUAAGUGAAAGGAUAGUAUUUGGGGUAAAAAGCCCCCCCAUAAAACACAUUGUUUUUCUUAAGUGGGGGGAAGAGUGUUCAAAGUGGGCUCAUAUUGACUGAUCCAAUCACAGUGGAGAUGAAUUUGUUUAUAGAAUACUUGAGAUGUUAUGAAAUGCCAAAUGUGAUUGAAAUUAACAGGAAAUGGUGAACCCUUUUCUGAAGUGGUUAUCUUGCAUUAAGUUCCUCACCACCUUUUUUUUUUUUUAAAUGAAUUUGAAUCAAAACAACCUUAGUUUAUUAUUUAUUUUCACACAAAUUAUGGUGCUCCAUUAAUAUUUAAUAAAAAGAAAUGUUUCAUCUUUCACUAGUUCAUUUUAAAUGGUCCAGUGUAACAAGUGAAUUUUUUAAUGCAUGUAUCUAUCUCAGUUACUAUGAGUUUAAAAAGCUGCAUGCAUUGUAAU